ACGAGGCAAGGACGAAGGAUAUGGAAGGAACCAAGAGAAAUAAUUAUAGUCUCUAUUGUUUAUUUCAAGCGCAUGUAUCACGUCGUCAUCGGCUUGAAAGUUAUUAUCAAACCAAAUGCUCUCAGACGAGUUGUGAGUCAUUUAGCUCCACCUGCUGGUCACCUGCUGCAGCCCACCCAGUCCGUGAGGAGUCAGCAGCGGGAACCUUCGCACGGAUCAGCAGAAUUCAGUCGCUCUCCUGCCACCUGCCCGGCUUGCUCCUCAGCUCUGUCUGGAAAGCUGGAUAUUGUUCGGACUGAGUUGUCUCCCUCUGAGGACUUCAAAGCUAUGGUCCUGGCAGGUCUGCGACCAGACGUAGUGCUUGAUAUAAGCACCCGCGCGCUGGCCUUCUGGAGCUAUCAGGUCUAUCAGGAGCGGAUGUAUCAAGAAUACAGCCUGUCCCGAGCAGAGAUCCAACUCAAGCAGCUGGAGAAGUUGUUGGUUCAACAGAACCAGAGCAGAGAGAUUGAGUUGUCAGCCAUGAGAGGAGAAAUCACCUCUCUGAAGAAAGUGUUGGAGGAGUACAAGAGGAAGUAUGGCGAGGUGUCUGAGAGGCUGAUGGAGAAGAGCCGCCAGUAUCAGAAACUACAAGGCAUGUAUGACGCUCUCAGGAUGCGCAACAUGUUGGUGAACGAGCGAGAAAACCUGCCACCCGGAUACCACCAAUUUGACAAAGGGCUUCCUCAGCAGGUGUCCCCCCAGAGAAGCCCGCAGUUCCACCGUCAUGAUGGGGAGAGUCAGUUCUUCUCCUGUCUGAAUGGAGAUGGAUUGAAGACUCACUUCCCAUUCAACUCUCCUGCUAAAGAGAAGGCAUGCAAGUUUAAGAGGCACUGAUGGAAGCAAGACCAUGAGUACCUUAACUAAGUUGGUUGGUGAGUGUUUUCAGUGUUGGCCAUGUUGUACUUUGGCGUUAGAUGUGUUACACUGUUUAGUCCUGCUAAAAUGUUCUCGACUGUUGGAUUGCACACAAAACAGGCCUUUUCAUGACACAUUUUCUUGUUACGUUUCAAUAA